UGAGUUUCAGGAGACGGUGUAUGACAAGGCCUGCAGCAGAACCAUCGCACUUAUUGCGUCGUCACACUUUCUUUUUCUUUUGCAGUUUUCGCUUAGCAUGUUUUAAUGUUUCGGCAGUUUACAUGUAUCAGAAGGACAUGUUUUAUAUUUAGAGAGACGACAGAAACAAAGAAUUCAGGAAAAAGUUACUCAAUUCAAGACACAAAGUGAGGGCAGCGACAUCAUCCAUCCAGUACAAGAUGUCCUACCACAAGCUCUCCGGCUCAGAACCAGACGAGGGAGAGGUCAGUCUGACCCACGUCUCGGCAGAAGCCCCAAAAGACACUUACCAGAAAAUGGACUCCGAUCAGCCCGACAGCGGGACCACGGAGUUCUUCAAAGUGGAGGUGUCUGACACCAAGGCCCGCAGCUUUGAUGGUUUUGAGGGAACCACAAAGAGUCCUCUACUGACAGACGAUGGAGAUAAUAAAGUCAAUUAUGAGCUUGUCUACGUUCCAGAUUUCAAUGGUAUCAUGCUGGUAGCAGUACAAGGCGAUAAAUCCAAGCCAGCCAUUAUCACAUACCACGACAUCGGGCUCAAUCAUGUUACGUGCUUCCAGGGAUUCUUCAAUUUUCCCGACAUGGCUCCCAUCCUCAAGCAGUGCUGUGUGUAUCACAUCAAUGCGCCAGGCCAGGAACAAGGAGCACAUCAGCUGCCGGAAGGCAAAAAAUAUCCAGAUAUGGACACACUUGGUGAAAUGGUGAUGUCGGUGGUCAAGCACUUCGGGUUGAAGAAGUUCAUUGGUUUUGGGGUCGGAGCAGGAGCAAACAUUCUGGCAAGAUUUGAGUUGAAUCACCCUCAGCUAGUGGAGGGACUGGUCCUCGUCAACUGCACAUCUAAAACAGCCUCAUGGGGAGAAUGGGGCCAACAAAAGCUUUCCUCUUUCUAUCUCCGAGGCAAGGGAAUGACAUCGUACAGUCAGGAAUAUCUUCUCUGGCAUUACUUCGGAAAGAAAACAAUGGAGACUAACCAUGAUCUGGUGACUGUCUUCAGGGAAAACCUGGCCAAGAGCGUCAACCCGUACAAUCUGUCACUCUUCAUCGACUCAUACAUCAGACGGACAGACCUGAAAAUAAAGCGAGAGAUGGAUCCAGCCAAGAAGAAGGAGGCACGGACGCUGAAGGGAAGCAUCAUGCUGAUCGGUGGAAGCAACUCGCCUCAUGUUAACGACACAAUUGAGAUGAACGGCAGACUAAACCCAGAGAACUCUACAUGGAUCAAGAUUUCAGACUGCGGAGGCAUGAUCCUUGAAGAGCAACCGGCCAAGCUGUGCGAGUCCUUCCGUCUCUUCCUGCAGGGCCUGGGAUACGUUCUCAAACUCGGAAUUGUAAAGCAAUAAUCUGCCUGCUGGCCACGCCCUACCCACCUGCUGGCCACGCCCUACCCCUCCGCUUGCUCCUUCUGCCUAUGGUAUGUUCCUUGGCCAAAGUGACGUACGUAUAAGCAUGUACAAAAGCAAGUCGGUGAUUAACUAGCUGGCAGUGUGUUGACGUCAUCGAGUACGUAUAAGCUUUUUAAGCCCGUUUCCCAAACAUCGGCUUCGUUCUGAUUCAGCUUCGUCUAGUCUGUGGCCCUGCAAUGAUUUUCAGGUCUUUAAAGCUUCAACCACGUGGAGAGACUCGAGGCAAAUAAGGUUGCACACCCGAGCUCUCCAAAACAUUAAUGUUCUUUUCUCCUAACAACUUUUCAAUUUGUGGGUUUUGUUUUGACGAAAAAAACUACUCAGAUUCUGAUUUUGGGUGCUGCAAUGUGGAUCCGUGCUGCAACCCUCUGAAAACCGUGCUUCAAUUUUGCGUACAAAAUUAAUUAACCCGCCCUGCAAUAGCCGAAUUAUUAUGUUGCAGCCAAUAAUUGGAAUUUUGUGAAGAAAUAAUUCAAUAACUAAACGUCGGUGGAUUUUUUUGCGUUCGAUGUCUUAUUCAAAAGUAAAUAACUUUUAUAUUGCUAGGGGAGCAAUUCAAAAACAUCUAUUUAUCGAGAUUAAACUCCAAAAUAGCACGGGGAAUGCAUGCUUAUAAGCUACAUAAUAAGAAUGCUUAUUGCAGAACCAUGGACACAGCAGACUAGCGCCGACAUUAAUCAGUGGCCUUAAAAUAAUGGAACCCGAGUUGGAAUGAAGCCUGGGCAUGGGAACGGUAAAAAUUUACUUACUGAUGUGCAGUGGGGUAACCGUGACAUUUAUAUGAGGCGUGCUGUGGUCUGCUUCGUCUCUGAUUGGUCACGCGGAUUAAUAGUAAAUCAGUCAUGCUGUGAUACGGUCUGCUUAAUAUUCAUAUAUUUUCGACCAAUCCGAACGAAGCAAAAGUGUUCUCUGUGGUAUAUGUUGUAUUAUAUUACACAUAGAAACAAAAUGGUCACCCUGCACGGUUUCAUAAUUAUGCAAGGUCACACAAAUCUGUAACAUACUUGAUGGGAUGACAUAAAAAAAAAUUGUAUUUUUUCGAUUAUAAAGGAGAUGGGAAUAUUAGAUUUGUAUUCGCAUACAAAAGCUAUCUUGGAGGUGUUUUUGUUUAUCAUGUUAAUUCAAUAAUUGACAAUGAAAUCGUAAUAUGUCUAAUAACCAUGGGCGUCAAUCGGUGGGUGACGGGGGUGGG